CGCCGUAUAAAAGGUGGGGAGACGUAGUUGCUGGUGUGCAGUGUUAGAAAACUGGAGACUCGAACGUUUUGUGGUGGACGCGGCCAGCUGGAUCGACCGCAUAUAACCAACAACUUUAACAGCAAUGGAUAAUCACACUUUUGAUGGCCACGAAGGGGGUCCGGCGAAUAAUGUGCGCAGGACAUCCAUACGACCAACGUUAGCAACCAUUCCCUCAGGUAUUGGCAUGGAUAACCUGGCAUUUGAAACAUCUGAAGAUAUAUUGAGGCACCAGGCAGCCGGUGCAAAUCUACGAGUAGGCAACACGGAGUCGAAAAUGCGUUCCAGCCUCCGUCGACUUGGAGCCGGAGCUAGGCGGUUGACUAACGAAGCCGUCCCACGUUUAGCUAAUUACAGCAACAUCUUUCAGAUGGCCACGACAGGAACACGGCCAACUAUGGAAGAACUUCACGAGUCUAUUGUCGAGGAAAAGCCAGCUGAUAGGGGAAUAAAUGGGGAAGAACAGAUUCCACGUCAAAAAUUAGGCUGGAUCGAAGGCGUUCUCAUCCGCAACAUGUUGAACAUUUGGGGUGUAAUGCUUUUUCUCCGCAUUUCUUGGGUCGUGGCCCUUGCUGGAAUCUGGCAAACACUAAUCAUUAUCUGCAUUUCGACUUUCGUUACCUUUGUGACCGCCCUUUCUACGUCGGCUAUCGUAACUAACGGUGAAAUCGGAGGAGGAGGAACGUACUACGUUAUGAGCCGCAUUUUGGGUCCGGAAUGGGGCGGCUCAAUAGGCCUUCUCUUUGCCCUGGCCAAUGCGAUUAAUGGUUCGUUAAAUGUCGUCGGUUUCUGCCAGACUUUGCAAGACACCAUGAAAAAUUACGGUGGCUACACUAUUAUUGACGGAGGGGUCAAUGACACAAGGAUUCUCGGGACGAUCUUGAUGAUCCUAGUCUGGGCUCUGUGUGGCCUAGGAACAAAAUACGAAAGCUUGACACAGCAAAUGCUUGUUGUCAUUCUGGCCGUGGCUUUAGCCAAUUUCUUUGUUGGCAGCUUCAUUGGCCCACAAUCGGAUAUGUCUCAAGCUCGAGGAUACUUGGGAUAUCGAUUGGAUUUAAUUCAAGAAAAUUGGGAUUCCGGCUACGUAUUUAACAGUGGCAUGAUGCAAGAUUUCUUUUCGGUUUUUGCUGUUUAUUUCCCAGCCGGAAUUGGAAUUCUGGCCGGUGCUAACAUCUCAGGUGAUCUCAAGGACCCCAGUGACGCUAUACCAAAAGGAACAAUUUGGGCCAUCAUCAGUACAAGCAUCUCGUACGCCAUUGUGGCCAUCGUAUGUGCUGCAACCACCAAACGACAAGCCACUGGAAGUGUUGAAGAUUUUCAUAACGGCACAUUUCUGAAUUGCGGGCCCACGAAUUGCACUUACGGCUCCUAUAAUGACUACCAGCUGAUGACACUGAUUUCGGCUUACGGGCCCCUCAACUACGCAGGAUGUUUCGCCGCCACGCUCAGUACGGCGUUGGCUAGCUACAUUUCUUGUCCAAAACUGCUUCAGGUUAUUGGUGAUGAUAAACUCUAUCCAAACUGGAUGGUCGGCUGGAUGACUAAAGGGUACGGCAAGUCUCAAGAGCCCCAUCUUGCUUACCUGUUCACUUUUUUCCUUGCUCUUGGCUUCAUCUUGAUUGCUCAAUUGGACAUGAUCGCUCUUUUAAUUUCCGAUCUGUUCUUGAUCACAUUUGCAUUCUUAAAUUAUGCCUGUUUUCACGUCGAUCUCGUUCAACCUGUGGGCUGGCGUCCUACGUUCAAGUAUUACAACAAAUGGCUGAGUUUGUUUUGUGCCUGCCUGUGCAUCGCCAUCAUGUUUAUGAUAGACUGGAAAGUGGCGUUAGUGACGCUUGCCAUCGUCUUUUUCUUCUAUUUCAUUGUGCUUUAUCGCAAACCGGACGUCAACUGGGGUACUUCGUCACAGGCGAUGAAUUUACAAGACGCUUUGACUAGUAUCCAACAGCUGAUGCACAUCGAGGAGCACGUCAAGAACUAUCAGCCACACAUUUUGGCCCUCACUGGUUCGCCAAGGUCUCGCCCGGCCCUAAUCGACUUUGCUUACCUCAUUUGCAAGAAAAAUUCCAUGCUCGUUUGCGGCAAUGUCGUCGAGGGCAAGAUCACCACCAAGAUGCGCGGAGAGAUUUUACAAAAAUCGUACAAACAUCUGCGCAAAAAUGACAUCAAAGGAUUCUGCUCUCUUAUCGGCAAUGUUGACCUCCCAACUGGCGUAUCUGCCAUGCUAGAAGUGGCAGGUGUCGGCAAAAUCAGACCAAACAUUUUAGUCAUCGGCUACAAGAACGAUUGGCGUGUCUGUGAUAGACAAUCGUUGAAGCAGUACUUUGCCACGAUACAUGCGGGAUUUAGUUUACAUGUUGGUGUUGCCAUUCUACGCGUACCGGAAGGGCUCGAUUAUUCCGCAAUAUUAGGCGACACGGACGAGUUAAACAUCAAUUCGACGGCAGAUGGACAUAGCCCCGUGAGCGUGAUUGAAAGCCCACCUGGAACACCGGACAUUGACAGACAUAUUGGCAACAGCGAUACGCCGUUGGAUAACGCCAACCUGCCUGACACAAAAAAAGACACAAAAAGAGGGAAAAAGUCUAGAAAGGAUUGCAAACUAGUGGGAAGUGACGGCAAAGAGCUCCCGCGUCAUAUUUACAACAACAUCACCAGAUUUCAAAAGAAGCAGCUGGAAGGAACCAUUGACGUUUGGUGGCUCUACGACGACGGAGGAUUGACCCUAUUGCUGCCAUACAUCAUCAGUACACGAUCGAAUUGGGCAGCAUGCCAGCUCCGUGUUUUCUGCACGGCCAACAAUCACGAAGAAGUAGAAAAAGGAAGAGAAGGGAUGGCGGCCCUGUUGAACAAAUUCCGUAUCGACUAUUCCGAUUUGAUAGUCAUCACGGACCUGAAUAAACCACCGAAAGAGUCGACAAGGAACUGGUUCGAUGGUCUCAUCCGCCCCUUCAUUCGGCGUGAAGAGCUCUCUGAAACGGAACGGGUCUCAUUACAGGCCAAAACGGAUCGACAUUGUAGACUGAGGGAGUUGGUAGUCGAUCAUUCCACCGAUUCAAAUCUGGUCGUCAUGACUUUACCGAUUGCGCGAAAGGAGGCCGUUAGUGCACCCAUGUACAUGGCUUGGUUAGAGACGUUGACCGCCAAUAUGCCGCCAUUUUUGCUCGUUCGUGGAAACCAAACGUCUGUUCUGACCUUCUACGCAUAAACAACUCUUCCAUCAGACUAUACGGCCGAUGAUUUGUCUAUGGUUGGAAAGUUGUCACAUGGCAUAUGUAAAAUAUGCUCCACAUCGUCGUCCUACACGUAAAUUCGAAAGAACCCUAACACUAUAACGUAAGUGUAAAAACAAAAUUAAACAUAAUAAAAAAAAAACUGCACCUAUUGUCUUCUUCUGCUCCUCGGGUUCAAACGGGGAUAAUGUCACAGACUGUUAGAUAAUAAUACAUGAAAUUACGAAUGCUCCGUAGCUCUUAGAUCGUUACGAUAUCCGUAAACUUUGUAAAUCCAUCCAUCGAGUGUUUGAAAAAAAAAAAAUCUGUUCUAAAGAA